ACUCAUUAGUUAAAGCAUGGCUGGUGAACGUGGCCAUUCUCACUGGACGUGUUGAAGCUGUUUUGUUGGACAGCCAGUUGUUCCAGAUGCAGCUUCACACCAAGAACUGAAGACAAAAAUCAGUUUAGCAAGAUUUCAGACUGACUCCCUUGUUUGUGUUCAGACUAGAACACAGCAACAGGGAAAGUUUGGUCUGAAAGGACCAACAGUUUGUGUUGAAGUGGAGCCAGCAUCUGAGGCAGCCAGGCCCAGAGGAUGACGAGCCUGUUUAGGCACAGCAGCAGCAAUAGUGGAGGCUCUCAGGGCAAUGAAAGUGGAGGUGGUUCUGGUGCCACCCAUGGACAGCUUAACAACAGCAGACCCAACCAGCUGGUCAGGCGCCUCGAGUUUAAUCAAGCCAUGGAAGACUUCAAGACCAUGUUCCCCUCGAUGGAUUGCGAGGUGAUUGAGUGUGUGCUCCGCUCAAAUAAUGGAGCUGUGGAUGCCACCAUCGACCAGCUUCUUCAGAUGAGUCUCGAUGGACAAUGUUCCGAUGACAGCUCUGAUUCAGAUGACAGCAUUCCAGCAGAGCUUCUGGAGCGAACUUUAGAACCUGACAGCUCAGAUGAAGAACCACCUCCUGUUUAUUCUCCACUUGCACAUGAUGUGUACCCGAAGGUCCCACCAACACCCCAACAACAACA